AUGACUCUCGCGGAGGAAUUCAAGUCACGUAACUUCAGUAUUUACGGACAAUGGCUGGGAGUACUAUGCAUCAUUCUAGGCUUUGCGUUGGGUAUCGCCAACAUAUUCCACUUCAAUGCCCUCAUCGCAUUUAGUAUCAUCCUUCUGGCUUCAUCAUUCGUCCUCAUAUUCGUCGAAAUCCCCCUCCUCCUGCGCAUCUGCCCUACCUCGGCCAAGUUCGAUGCCUUCAUUCGCCGAUUCACCACGAACUACAUGCGAGCAGCGAUCUACGGGAUCAUGUCGAUCGUCCAAUGGCUCAGUCUCAUAGUGGAUGCAAGCAGCUUAAUCGCGGCAGCUAUUGUUCUGGCUCUGGCAGCAUUUUGUUAUGCGUUGGCGGGAUUGAAGCAGCAAGAGUUCGUGGGCAGUAAGACACUCGGCGGUCAAGGAGUUGCGCAAAUGAUUGUCUAG